GAAUGGGGUUUUCCAUGGCAAGUCCACUGCGGGGCCUACGUGGCGUUUUUUUUCACGGCCGCCAUCUUAUUCUGUGUGCUGGAGGUCGACCGCGUGAACGCCGAGCGCACGGCGUUGGAAGCAGAACAACUGCGGAAGGGAUACCGAGGUUCGAUCCACUAUGCCGACUGCACGCAGCCGGAAGAUGCGCAACGGAUCCGACACGAGAUUGGAUGCAAAUCGGAUGUGGUGGACUAUGCCAUUGAUGUGCUGCUGUCUGCAGGGAUGUCCACCCCAGCUUUACGAGACAUUGCGCGAGAGGGAGUUGAUAUCCAGCGAACCGCAUAUUCAGGGGUCGCCUCCAGUGUGGUGUUGCUGUUUCCCGUGGAUUUCAUUACCUUCACCUUCGCAGUGGUGGAAACCAUCUAUCUGAGAGGCAACUUUCUCCGGAUGCUGCUGUCCAGCAUCUGCAUUCUGGAGCGCCUGAUCUUGGCCACCCUGAUCUACAGGCGCUCCAUCGACGAGCGGUGCUUUAUUCUGAAGGUCAUGGAUAAGAUCGUGGCAGCUUUGCUGAUUUCCUUCGUUGGCUUGUGCCUCAUGCCGACGGUGACCAUGCGCAAAGUCUCCAAAAUUUGGAUCAUUGGGUCCAACAUUGGCUUUGCUUUGAUGAUCGCCUUUGCUGUGUUGGGCAUUCGCGGAACAGCCAAGCUUCCCAUGGGAUUGUGCUGGUUGCAGUUCUUCUUUGCCCGGGGCUUAACCUCCUGUGCCGCCUGCUGCUGCUGCAAAUCUUGCGAGGCGGAGCCGUCCUACGACCCGGAGCAUCAGAGCCUCCGGAACUGUUCCGACUCGGAGUCCGGUGCUCCGCUGGGUUUCUUCGUGAACAACACCGUCCUGGCGCUGCUGACGGAGUGCGGCAUGCCAGUGGUUGCCUACUACUACUAUAAUGCCCUCUGCUUGCCCUUUGCCAUGUACAUUUUCCACUUGCACCGGCCGCAGGAGGUCAAGGCUGCAAAGGGCAAGGGCUGUGAGGUCUUCAUGAACUCCAUGUAUCAUGCGAUGGAUUGGCUUCCCUAUAUGCUGGUGUGGUUUGUCGCCAAGUUCAUUGGUAACUUUGUCCUGGAGGAUGGCUUCCCCUUGCUGUUCAACACCUUCAACACCCAGAAGGUGCCUAUCAUUGGAGCCCCCGACAGCACCGAACAUUUGAUUCCGUUCACGUUGUACACCGCCCUGCUGUGGUUCCCAGCCAUGGCCGCGGGCGAUACCAUCAGCCGUCGCGUGCCGCAAUUCCUGGACGUGACGGUCAACUGGAAGUGCUACACGUAUCUGGCCAUAUCAAUUGUCAUGUGCGUCGUGGGCGAGGCGUUGGAUUUUCUCCUACUUGCCUUGGUCACUGUGGUGGCAGCCUUCAUUGCCAAUUUCGGAAAUGGCUUCAUCUAUGGACUGUCUGCCAAGUUCAUUGAUUGGAAAAUCGCGGAAGAGCAUAGAUACACUGCCUACAACUUGUGGUGCUUUGUCGGAGACUUGGGCGGCUAUGCUGGACAGGGUGCGCUGUCAGUGUGGUUGGCCGAUCAGGUGUGCAACGGAAGACACUAUGCCUUCGUGUGCCAUCUGAAGAAACUGCUGCUGAUCUAAGGAAUGUUACCGUGGUGCUAUGGGCGCCGCGCGUCAAGCUAAUGCUGAUCGCUGAAACUCGUGCGAUCUUCAUCGAUUGUCGGAAAA